AGUUGGGCGCGAGUCCUGUCCUGCUGGAUCUCCUGCUGCGUGUCUGACUUGGAGGAAAUGCUGUCCUUCCGGGACGUGGCCAUUGAGUUCUCUCCAGAAGAGAGGGAAUGCCUGGAGCCUGCUCAGUGGAAUCUGUACAGGGAUGUGAUGUUGGAGAAUUACAGCCACCUUGAUUUCCUGGGUCUUGUUCUCUCUAAGCCACAUCUGGUGACAUUUUUGGAGCAAAGACAAGGGUCUACAGAUGUGAAGAAACAAGAGGCAGCUACUGUGCAUACAGGAAAAACAGUCAAUAAAUGCAAAGAUUACAGCAAGGCCUUUUAUUGUAAUUCACUGCUUAUUCAACACCAGACAGAUCAUGUAGGGGAGAGCCCCUACAAAUGUGAAGAAUGUGGUAAGGCCUUUCGUAUUCGCUCAAGACUUUCUGUACACCAGAAAAUUCAUACUGUAGAAAAACCCUAUAAUUGUGAAGAAUGUGGUAAGGCCUUUAAUACUCAUUCAAAACUUUCUGUACACCAGAGAAUCCAUACUGGAGAAAAACCCUACAAAUGUGAAGAAUGUGGUAAGGCCUUUAGUUCUCACUCAACACGUUAUAGACACCGGAAAAAUCAUACUGGAGAAAAACCCUACAAGUGUGAAGAAUGUGCCAAAGUGUUUUCCUACCCAUCACUGCUUAAGGUACACCAAAGAAUUCAUUCAGCAGAGAGACCCUACAAGUGUGAAGAAUGUGGGAAGUUAUUUUACUGUCCGUUGUUACUUAAGAAACAUCAAAUAAUUCACUCUGCAGAGAAACCCUACAAGUGUGCACAGUGUGGCAAAGCCUUUCACUACCCUUCUUUGCUUAAGCGGCAUCAACGAAUCCAUGGUGGAGAGAAGCCCUAUAAGUGUAAAGACUGUGACAAGGCAUUUUACUCUUCUGCCUUCCUGAAGCGGCAUCAAAGAAUUCAUUCUGAAGAGAAUUCUUACAAGUGUGAAGAGUGUGGCAAGAGAUUUUACUCUUUCCCACAACUCCAGGAUCACCAAAGACUUCAUUCUGGAGAGAAACCAUACAAAUGUGAAGAGUGUGGGAAAACAUUUUCUACUCUGUCGUACCUUCCUUGGCACAAAUUGCGUCAUUCUGGGGAGAAGUCUUACAAAUGUGAAGUAUGUGGCAAAAUGUUUUAUUCUACUUUAGACCUUAAAAAACACCACAAAAUCCAUACAUACAAGUGUGGGGAAUGUCACUAUACCUUUACAAGUUACUCAGCCCUUACUGAACACCAGAGAGUUCAUACUGGAGAGAAACCUCACAUAUGUGAACAGUGCGGAAAAGUCUUUUCUCGGCUUGAUAGUCUCAGUCAGCACCAGAUUGUUCAUACUGGAGAGAAACCCUAUAAAUGUGAAAAGUGUGGCAAAAGUUUUUUCCGAUCUUCAUCCCUUAGAAGACAUAAAGGGAUUCAUCCUUAAUAGAAAGUUGACAAGUAUGCACAAUGUGAUAAAAUUUUGCUAAAAUCCAUUCCUUAUCCACAACAAAUGAAUCCAUUGAGUAGAGAAGUCAUGCACUUGUGAAGAAUGGUGAGUGCUGUACCACUAGGUCAACACUUUCUACCAACAAUAAAGUUCAUUUAGGGAGAAAAAGUCCAAUUCUGAAUGGAGUGACAGGCUUUUGGUAUUUCUUUAUAUAUUAAGUAACACAACAAUCUUCACUCUGAACAUCAAUGCUAUAAUGUGAAGGGUGUGGUAAAGGUUAUCAUUCAGUCAUGGUUCAACCUCACUAAUUCUCCUCAGAGAGAAACCCUACUAGGGCAGAAAAGGACCAGGGCUUAGCUUUUCCUUAUCUCUACAUAAGCUUUGGAGAAUUCAUUCUGAUGAGAAAUCCUACAAAGGCAACUAGUGUGGCAAGUUCUCUACCUGUACUUCACACUGUAAGUAUCUGCAGAUACUUCAUACUGCAGAGACACUCUAUACGUACAAUCACUGUCAAUACUUGAACAAUACUUCAGUCUUUAGCAACACCAAUGCAUUGAUAUAGGUGAGAAACCUACAGAUGCAAAUGUCCUCCUUAGCAUCAGCCAUCAACUUCACCUAGCCCAGCAUUAUCUGACUGGGUACUUUCUUGGAUCAGAGUGCCUUACAGGCAUUUCUGGGGAUUGUUUUCUUGAUUGGUAAGUGAUGGGAGUCCAACCAGGGCAGGCAACACAACCUUUGGGAGGUGUUCUGGGUCACAUAAAAAUUGUGGGUGAGCAGGAGGUAGAGGAACAUGUUAGGAACCAUGGUUU